UGCGACCUGCCGGGCGACCUCGGCGCGGCUCUCCGGCCGGGUGACGUGACCUCUCCGCGGGUCAGGGUCGGCGGCGCGCCGGGUGCGGCCUCGUGUCGUCAGCCCACCGGGGCAAGGUCGGCGUCCUGCUCGCGUCGUCACCCGGACACCGACACGAGGGCCGGCGCCAUGAAGCUGGUGAUUCUGCUCAGCCUCGCCUGCCUGGCAUCAUCUUUUAAACAAGAGGAGCCGGCGGAGGUGCCGGCGGCGGCGGCGGCGGCGGCCUCCUCCGGACUGCGCUGGCUGAUGGGCCAGCAGGAGCCGGACCGCGGCUGGGGGGUCGACACCGCCCGCGCCGUCAUGGCCGCCGCUCUCGUCAACGACUCCGCGCUGGCCGGACCGGACCGGCAGCUGACCCGCCAGCAGCUGGAGAUCAACGCCCUGGCCGACUUGUGGAGACACCACGACUACCCGCUGACGGCGGCGCGGCUGGCCGAGUACCUGCUGGCGCUGGUCAGCCUCUGCGGCGACGUGCGCCACUUCCACGGCCGGGACCUGACCGCGGUGCUGCAGCACCAGCGGGACCCGCUCGACUACGAGUCAGCGCUGGUUGUGCUGGCGACGUGCGCCGCCGGCGCGCCCGUCCGCCGCCGCAGCUUCGGCCGCCUGCUGGCGAUCACCAGCGCCAGCGGCAGCCUGCACGGCACAGAUACGCUGGCUCUGUCGGUGCUGGCACUGCGCUGCGUGGCCGACGACGAGAACAAACACGUGGACAGGCACCUGGGGACGCCUCUGGCGACGCUGGUGGCCAGGCAGGAGGCGGACGGCAGCUUCGGCAACUUCCACUCCACCUUGCUGGCGAUCCAGGCGCUGCGCUCGGAGGGCGUGGCGGCCGGCUGGAGCUGGGCGCGCGCCGUCUCGUACCUGCUGUCGCGCCAGCAGAGCGACGGCUCGUUCGGUGACGUUCGCGACACUGCCGAGGUGCUGCCGACGCUGGCCGGCCGCUCGCUGCUGGCCGUGGCUGACCUGCCCUGCCACCGCCAGCGCGGAGACGCAGCGGCUUUGGCUGGCGCUGACGAACACGAACCGAGACCGGCAAAAGAACUGCCAUCUAUCGACCGGUCUGUGAACUCGAGCCUGGCGUCGGCACCGCGGCUGAUGAACGUCACGCUGUGGCUGUGGAUCGGCGUGGAUGUGAGCCAGAGCUUCAGCUGCCGCCUCGCCGUGCCCGAGAACACCAGCCUGUUCGACUGCAUGAAGCUGGCGGCCGAGCGCGACAGCCGAUUCCAGUUUUCGGCGGAGGCCUGGCCGAACGGACACUACGUGCACACGAUCGCCGGCCGACACGAACGGGCGGACGGCUACCACUUUUGGCUGCUGUACCGGCUGGCCGGCCGGCCUGACCCGGCCCGCCCGCCCACUGGCCGCCAGCUGUUCACGGCAGGGGUGGACAACCUGUACCCGAACGAGGACGAGCACGUGCUGUUCUGGUACAAGGACCUGUAGCGGCGGCGUGGCGAGACCGGCGCGGCCGUCCGUCGGCCCGGGGCACCACUGCAGUCCGGAGCGAGAGCUGGGGAAGCCGCGUCGGCUGGCGGGAAACGCUGGGGAGCGGGCGGCUCCAGCCGCGCGGGCAGGGAGGCGGCCGACGGCGGAGGUUUAGUGGUGGGAGGGCGCCACGCUCGCGGGGUG